AUGCAUGGCGAUCACCUGCGAUUGAACGAGGCUGCUUCCAUUGCUCUCGAUUUGUAUUCAUCAACCCAACAGCUGGAUCAAUACGAAAGACCUGGACAAGAUGAGAUGAACAAGGCAGAGAUAGAAACAUUGCCGUUCGUAUCAGUAUGGACCGAGGACGAGGCGGUCAUGGAUUAUUCCUUGGAUCACUUUUUAAAUCCUCUUCCAGCAAUUUCAUCCGAGGAAGUGGGGCUCCAAGGCUCGUGCUCCUCGUCGGUCUGGUCCAGUCAGUCUGCAGAAACUUCAGCUGACAUCUCUACGCAAUCAUCAACCAUGUCAAGCUCCGGAUGCUGGAGUGACGCCCGCCGAGCAAAGCAUAGCAUCUCCUGCCGCAGCAAGACUAAGCUCUCUAUCGCCGAGAAGCUCGCAAUCGUCAGCGACUUCGAGCUCAAUCGCACCCCGCAGUCCGUCCUUGCUGCUCGCUUCGGAAAGAGCAAGUCUGCCAUCUCCAAGAUUCUGCGACCAGACAGCGUGGCGAGGCUGAGGUCGAUAGAGAGGAUGGGGGUCGAGGCGUCGCAGAGCAGCUGCGCGAGGUCGCACAACGAGGAACUCGAGCGCAGGCUGCACGAGUACGUGGAGGCCAACCAGCGGGAGUCGCAGUGGAGACUGGAAAUACGCAGGAGGGCGGAGGAGGUGGGAAGGGAGCUUGGAUUGCUGGGGUUUCACGCCACCAAGGGGUGGUGCGACCGGUUUAUCAGGCGACACGGGUUCGAGCAGAGAGGAUGGGGACCGAAGGGACCCACUGCAACAUGA